CGUUUAUGGAGAGGCUACAUUAUCCAAUUCCUUUAAAUCCAAAUGCCAAAUACCUACCCAACUCGAUUUCGAAUGUUUUGUACAGUAUUCAGAAAUUUGAUCAAAGUACGCUUGCUUGGCCAACUUGCCAACGGAAAACGAAUGUCUCAAUUGGAAAAGCAUUCACAUCGCCACCGGAAGUUCCGUUCGCCGGAACUGCAACCUGCGUGAUCCAAAAGAGAAGACAAUGUGCAUCCAGAUGUAAUGCUAAGGAGGUCCAGAAGAAUACCUUCUAUCAAAUUCUUCAAGCCAGCCAAGAUCAGCCGAGAAUUCAGCAGAGUUCCAGAAUCAAACGAAAAAGUAUCGACCCUAAAUUUAAAUGCGAUUUCAAGGACGACAGCAUUUACAAUGAUAUAUACGACAUAGUGAGGUCUCACACUCAAUACAAAAAAUUACCUCAAAUUGAAAAGCAGCCUGAGCAACAAAAGCCAUUUCCUCUGAAUCCUCCUGCGGUGGAAGUCUAUAAAGUUCGUCCGUUUGCAAACGAAAUCAAAGAACCAAGAAGCAAAACUCCUAAUUCAACAGCCAAGACAAAUAGACUUCGAGAAAAAACGAAUGAGCUUUCGGUUUCAAAAAGGAAAACGCAUCAGUCUAAGCCGAAGUUAGGAGAAUCAAAAAGUUCGAGGAAAAAUACAAAUAAACUUCGAGAAAAAACGAAUGAGCUUUCAGAUUCUAAAAGGACCACGAAUCAUUCUAAGCCGAAGUUAGCAGAAUCUAAAAGUUCGAGGAAAAAUAGAAAUAAACUUCAAGAAAAAACGAAUGAGAUUCCGGAUUCAAUAAGGACAUCAGCAUCUAUGAGUUUGCAGAAUCAGCUCUUAAAAUUUCAAACAAGGGAAAAUAAGCAGAAGCGCAAUUCAAAGUCCGAAAAACACAAAACAACCCAACAGUUGUGGCCAUUACGGGAUAAAGGUGCAGUUCGAAUCCCACAGAGAAGUAUAUAUAACGAACAAUCCAAUGUGGGUUCCGAGAUUAAGUCGAAUUUUUCCACCACCCAGCUUCCAGAUCCAGAUGGUCAAAAGGUCCAAGAGAUUUCCACUGAGGAGCAGGGAAACUUGGAGGAAAAGCCGGAACAGGAAACUGAAAGAGCGAGUGAUAUAAAAAGAAAUUCCAACGAAGAAUCAGGCAGGAGAAGAAGAAUGUCCAAGUUAAAACUAAAACUAUUCAAUGCCAAUAAUAAUGAUACAAUCUAUGUUGUUCAAGGAAGAAAUUCAAAAGGGUUUACACGUGAUUCGCUUUCCAAUAAACGUUCCGGAAAGGAGAUUUAUAAGAUUAAAGAAAUGAAAUUUCAUCCGUUUAAGGAACAGGAAGAAAUCUCGACACUGAAUCCGCAAAAGUCAGAUUCUUAUAUUCUGGGAAGAUCAAAAAAGCGUUUCAUUCCGAAUAGGACACGCGAAUCACGUGCUUCUAAGAAAAUCUCUACGAUUAAAGAGAAACCCCUGGUUGAAAGCAUAUCUGAUAUAACAAUUGCCAACAAUUUACAGACAAAUCUAAAAUCGAUGUCAGUAAAACCCAAGGAGCAGGAAGUCAAUGGCAUCACAGCGCCAGUAAAAGAAGAAAUAGUUUCCAAGCCAAGAAAAAUGUAUCCGUUGAAUAGUAUCUUAAAUGUUGGAAAUAUAUCCAGAACUAUCAGCAAUCCGGGCGACCAGAACGAAAAAAUGGUACAAAUUUCCAGUCAGAAAAAAAAACCGAAGGAUUCUUUUGAAGAGAACACUGCUCAUACAACUCUAUCUACUACUGAUAAGUUAAAAAGCAAAACUAAAACGACUUCUAAUGAGUCUCAAAUAAAAGAUAUAUCAAGAUUUUUUCUGCAUAAAUUACAACCGCCAACGCCAACAAAUUCUUUAGAAACCGAAAUUGAAGCCUUACCAGUUUAUCCUUACGAGGAGCACGAUAAUGAGGACGAGACCUCCUACAUUAGCGACAGUUUCUACUUAUCGGAUCGAAGGACCGUGGAACGCAAAAGCAUCCUGGAUAGGUUAAACCUGAAGAUUCGAAAAACCAAUCUUGAUAUGACGCCGGAAAUGUACCAGGAGAGAUUGAACAAAGUAAAGCAAUUUCUUAACCGACACAGCAUGACCGAGAAUACAGAUACGUCCUCAGUCGACAUCGAAGGAAUCCACCAUAGCGAUUUGCUCAUGUAUCCGUAUGCGGAAAUAUAUGAAAACAGGACGACCGUCACAAAGGUAAAGCAGCCAAAUGUAUCCGAUGCAAUUGAGGAAAAUUCGCAGCCCAUUCCAAGACCUCCAGAUGAUACUCGUAAGAUAGAAAAUGAACAGCCUGUUUGCAAAAACACCGCCUGCAUUAUAUGCCGAACUAUUAGAGGUAAUCACGGGACAAAGGAAGCACCUUUCAUGGAGCAGAUGAGAAAGGAGAAUAGACGUCGGGAACUAUUGGCAUACAGAGCAAAAAUUGAAGAGCCCCGUAUUAAAUUUUGUAACAUCCUGCCCAAGGAUCCUAUGAAUCAAACUAAAGCCAUUAACCUGCACGAUCUCAGCAAAAAAGAACUCUACACUCUGAAGAGUAGGAGCAAUAUUUUCGGCACUGCGAGUAGUAUGUCUAGAUUCCCUAAGAAAAGUAAUUUAAGUACUUUUCCUAGCGAAUCUUAGUCUAUUCCUCUUCUCAAAAAAUUGUAUACCUAUAAAUUUUCCCAGGAAGAGUAUUUCUGAUAUUUGUUUCUAAAAAAACAAUAAGUCAUUUGAUGCAUAUCUCUAUAAUUCAUGCGAUUUUGUCAAGAAAGUGCAAUCGUUGUUGACAGAUCCGCAUGCUUAUAAAGCCUAUAAAAAUAAAUGUAUCUUAUGACAAAGUCAACUUGCGUGGUAUUACUAUAG